AUGGCUCCCCUGGGGGACGAGGUGCUGGAAGGCUACAUGUACCCGGCGUGCGUCCCUUACUCCUACCCGCACCCCUACCCGCCCGCGGGAAAGGGCGAGGCGGGCGGGGGCGGCUGGCGGCACGGGGCCGGGGGCUACGCUCCCGCGUCCUCGGCGUCGGCGUCCUCCGCCGCCGCGGCGGCCUUGCCGUCUUUCCCGGGCUGCGGGCAGCUGACGGCCGCCGAGUACUUCGACAGCUACCAGCGGGCGCAGAUCAUGGCCUUCCUGGCGCAGGUGGGCCCGGGCCUCGGCCCGCGGCCGCGCAGGCCCAGCAGCCGGGACGCGGCCGUGCAGGUGAACCCGCGCCGCGACGCCUCGGUGCAGUGCUCGCUGGGGCGGCGCACGCUGCUGCGCAGGGCCCGCGACCCCGGCCCCGCGGCCGCGCCGGGCCUCGAGGGCGCGGCGGGCGCGGGCGGCGGCGCUUCGGGGUCCCCGCAGCCGGCGCGCCGGGGCCCCGAGCAGGGCAGCCCCCCGAGCGGCGCCCCUCGGCCCGUGCGCUUCCCGCGCACCGUCGCCGUGUACUCGCCCGUGGCCUCCCGCCGCCUCACCACCUUCCUGGAAGGCGCCCCCAGCGCGGCGGGAGAGCGAAGGACGCCGCCUCCGAGGCCCCGAGGCCCCGAGGCGGGAGAGGGGUUGGCGAGGAAGGCGCCCCAGGGGCCGCAGUCCGAAGAGGAGGCGGCGGACGACGCCGAGGCCCAGGCCGAGGCGCGGACGAGCUGGGAGCCGCCGGGCGCGGGGCCGGGGCUGCCGCCGCGGGAGGCCGGGGGAGGCGAGGCGGCCCCGCGGCGCGCACCCGGGGAUCCGGGGCCGUCCCCGCCGGCGGGGCAGGCCCAGGACGCCGCGGGCCAGAGGUCGUCGCCGCGGAGCCCCGAGCAGGCCAAGGAGAGGCCGCGCUUCCAGUUCUUAGAGCAGAAGUAUGGGUAUUAUCACUGCAAGGAUUGCAACAUCCGGUGGGAAAGUGCCUACGUGUGGUGUGUGCAGGGCACCAGCAAGGUUUACUUCAAGCAGUUUUGCAGAACUUGUCAGAAGUCGUAUAACCCUUACCGAGUGGAGGAUAUCACAUGCCAAAGCUGUAAACAGACUAGAUGCUCCUGCCCUGUAAAACUUCGCCACGUUGACCCCAAAAGGCCCCACCGUCAAGAUUUGUGUGGGAGAUGCAGGGGCAAGCGCCUGUCCUGUGACAGCACUUUCAGCUUCAAAUACAUCAUUUAAAUGAAUGUACACAAAUGGUCCCAUGUGAACGUGAGCUAGUGAAGCAGACCAGUUAGCUUU